AUGCUGGUGCAGAUUCCUCAUUUGAGACCUGCCGAAUACAAGAGGUCAAGACUGUCUAGGAACCGCAGGACCGUGAAUCGCUCAUAUGGUGGUGUAUUGUCUGGUGGUGCUGUCAGGGAGAGGAUUAUUCGAGCUUUUUUUAUGGAAGAGCAGAAGAUUGUGAAGAAGGUUUUGAAGAUUCAGCAGGCGAAGGAAAAGCAGGCCUCGAAGAGCUAAGAGCUGACAGCCUUAGGGUGGGAGAGUCCUUUGGGAGUUUACAAGACACAAAGUUUGAAAGGAAUUUUGAUGUAAUUGUUGA